GUUCUUCUAGAUACACCUCGACAUCAUGACAUCAUCACCCAGGCAGAGCAUGCCAAUCGACCGUGAACCUCAACCUUAAGACAACGACCGAUGCGCAACCUGGAGUGCUUGGCAUAAUUGUGGAUCCGAAACUCGCGCUUACUGUUCGAAGAGCGCGGGGGUCCAUAGAGUCGUUCUUUCUUCCUUUUGACCUCGCCCGCCGGCCCUUUUCAGCAUGAGUCACGCUAAUCAAUGCCCCCCUAAGUUCUGCGACGACGUUCUAUGCCUGCCUCAUAUCGAUUCUGAGACCAUCCAGCCCAGUGAUACUGUUCCGUAUGAUCCUCUUCUAGGACUGACACUCGAGGACGCCGAGACUGCCAUCCAUAGGGUCAAUAACAAUGACUCACACGCCGACUUGGAAUCCAUCGCGUUUCCCAGAUCAGCGUCCGCGCACCCCUCCGACUCCUCGGGUCAGCUGAAUCAAACGCGUCCUCAUGGAGUUAAUGCAGAGACUUUCUAUCGAGGCUCCUUCCAGGACCCCAGCCCCUCCGCGCGUGAUAGCGCAAGCAUGGGAUCUUCUCAAUCAGUUUAUGCCGAACCAGCGCACGGAAGUCGGGCGCAAUCAGCCGCUUCAAGUCGAGCGUCUUCCCAUCAGGAAAAGACAUCUCAGCGACUACCCAACCCUGCCGUAAAGAUCUUGAACGCAUGGCUCAGCCAGCACCAGCAAGACCCGUACCCAACCAGUCAAGAAAAACACGAAUUAGAAGAGCAGACCGGACUCAGCAAGAUCCAAAUCACGAAUUGGUUUACAAACGCGCGACGACGCAAGAUGAUUGGGAGACUUCCCACUCCAUCAACCGAUCAAGUCAACAAUUCCUUCCUCUCGCCGCUCGAACGAUGGAAGCACUCUCCGCCUGAGACCGAAGCAGCUGCCACAUCGGACAUCAUGCGCGCACUAGCGGAUACACCGUACUCUUCGGACCAAAGCUCUACGCAAGGUGGCGUGGCCUUAGAUGGCUGGUCGAGCAACAGUUCUAGGAGCUCGUUUGUCUUCGGAGCGCCUUCUAUUGAACACAGUCAGUCAUCUGGCUCCGAGGUGUCAUAUAGACACUCUCAUUCCUCGACCCCUUACCAACGCCCACCCACGCCUCUACCGGGAAUGAGAGCCCGCCGUCAUCGACGCAGAAGACCCCCUCGGCCGAUGGAAUCAAGGAAGCAAGGUAAGAAAGACGACGCGCGGCCGUAUCAGUGCACAUUUUGUUGCGACGCAUUUCGAAGUAAAUACGACUGGCAACGACACGAAAAGGCUCUCCAUCUACCCGUUGAUCGAUGGCGUUGUGCGCCGGUCGGAGGCAUUGUCCAGGCUGGUGGUGGUAGCCUCUGUGUCUUCUGCCGAGAAACGACUUCUGAUCCAGAGCACCUUGAAACGCACAAUUACUUCGCCUGUCGACAGAAGCCAUCAGGAAAAAGGGUCUUUUUACGAAAAGACCAUCUCCGACAACACCUCCGCCUGACUCAUGACGUCAGCUAUCACCCUUCCAUGGACGACUGGCAGGAGUUAACGCCUCGUCUGAUCUCGCGCUGCGGCUUCUGCGACGCGAACUUCGAGACCUGGGAAGAAAGAGUCGAGCACAUAGCAAAUCACUUCAAAGAAGGCGCGGACAUGAACCAAUGGAAAGGCGAAUGGGGUUUUGAGCCGGAUGUGAAGUGUCUCGUGGAAAACGCGAUGCCACCGUACUUGAUCGGUCAAGAGCGACGCACUAUGGAUCCGUGGUUAACAAGCACUGCAGUGAGGAGUAUUGAGGAUGAACAGUCCAUCUUCGCAAAUGAAGCACCGAAUGCCUUAAGUCGAUAUGUGGGACUCCGACAGGAGAUUCAUAGAUAUCUCCGCGAGCAAAUGGCAAUCGGCAUUCAUCCUUCAGAUCAGAUGGUCCAGGACCAUGCGCGAUGGAUUGCGUAUGGGAAUGAUGAUCCUUGGAAUCAGACCUAUGCUGAUGAACCGGCCUGGAUAGAGGCGCUUCGGCGGGAAGUUGGCCUUGCGGACUCCAUGAUGCUGGAUGAAAGAUCGCCUCUGGAUAUUCCUGAUACCAGCAACGACUUCAGUUUGUCUGAGGUAGAAUUUCUAAGGGAUACAUUAGACCCAACACUCUACGAAUUAUGA